GAGAACUGGACUAUACCACCUGCCAUAUUGAGGGGGUGUGUGUAGAAAUGGGGGUUCCCUGAUCCUCAACGGCACGGGUGCGAGGGGGAGGCACCCACUUAGUACCUGGGGGAAGCGGCGACGGGCGGUUAGGCGUUGGGUAAACAGCCCCCGCGUGCUUGAGCGGGAGUCCGGGCCGGGGGAGAAGCCCCUCCUCCCACGCGCACACACGCGCCGCUCUGUGUCUAUUGUGAAGCCUUUGGGGAGCUCCGCGCCGCCGCCCCCACCAGCUCGCUCCGGGUUCGGGUCCUCCCCCUCCACAACGAUUCUCUCCAGCGGGGAGAGGAGCUUGGAAGGAGCCGUUUGAACUUCGGAUUCGUACAGACCAGGGGGCAGCGCGAGCUUCUGGGGCGCUGAGAGGGCGGGGCUGGUCGGCGGCAUGAAGGUGUGAGAGGAGCAGCGCACGGACCGGAGAGAGAGACUUGUCUGUACAAUUGAUAUCCUCAGUACUGAGCGUGCAUCAGCACCUGGCAUCUGCAAUGCAUGCAGUAUGCACAUCAUCACCAGUACUGUUGGGUCCAGCUAUGGCAACCUUGGCUGUGGUCUUGGUACCAGGGUCCUUUGUGGUACUUCAGGAGUUCUGAUAUUCAAGGGACCUUGUCAGGUGUGCUAGCCCACUGAUAUCUCAAAAUGCCAUUAGUGAAAAGAAAUAUAGACCCCAGGCACCUGUGUCACACAGCACUGCCCAGAGGCAUCAAGAAUGAACUGGAAUGUGUCACCAAUAUCUCGUUGGCAAAUAUAAUUAGACAACUGAGUAGUCUAAGUAAAUAUGCGGAAGAUAUAUUUGGUGAGCUUUUCAAUGAAGCACACAGUUUCUCUUUCAGGGUUAACUCCUUACAAGAACGUGUGGACCGUUUAUCUGUCAGUGUUACACAACUUGACCCAAAGGAAGAAGAACUGUCAUUGCAGGAUAUUACAAUGAGAAAAGCUUUCCGGAGUUCCACAAUUCAAGAUCAGCAGCUGUUUGACCGCAAGACUCUACCUAUUCCUUUGCAGGAGACUUAUGACACUUGUGAACAACCUCCCCCACUCAACAUACUCACCCCUUACAGAGAUGACGGAAAAGAAGGUUUGAAGUUUUACACCAAUCCUUCAUAUUUCUUUGAUCUAUGGAAAGAAAAGAUGUUGCAGGACACCGAGGACAAGAGAAAGGAAAAGAGAAAGCAGAAGCAGAAGAAUCUAGAUCGCCCACAUGAACCGGAAAAAGUGCCCAGGGCGCCUCAUGACAGACGGCGAGAGUGGCAGAAGUUAGCCCAAGGUCCAGAGCUUGCUGAGGAUGACGCUAAUCUCUUACAUAAGCACAUUGAAGUUGCUAAUGGCCCAGCCUUGCAUUUCGACUCAAGACCUCAGCCAUAUGUGGAUCAUAUGGAUGGAUCCUACUCCCUUUCUGCAUUACCUUAUAGUCAGAUGACUGAACUUCUGAGCAGAGCUGAGGAGCGAGUGUUAGUCAGACCACAUGAGCCACCACCCCCUCCACCAAUGCAUGGUGCAGGGGAUGUGAAACCCAUACCUCCUUGUAUUAGCUCCACCACAGGUUUGAUAGAAAAUCGUCCUCAGUCACCAGCAACAGGCAGGACACCAGUGUUUGUGAGCCCCACACCCCCCCCUCCUCCUCCUCCUCCUCUUCCAUCUGCUUUGUCCACUUCUUCAUUGAGAGCUGCAAUGACUUCCACCCCUCCUCCACCCAUACCUCCACCACCACCACCUCCAGCAGCUGUUUUGCAAGCACCAGCAGUGCCACCUCCACCAGCUCCUCUCCAGAUUGCUCCUGGAGUUCUUCAUCCAGCUCCUCCUCCAAUCGCACCACCUCUAGCACAGCCCUCUCCUCCAGUCACUAGAGCUGCCCAAGUAUGUGAAACUGUACCAGUUCAGCCAGUUCCACAAGCUGAAGUGCAAGGACUUCCUCCUCCUCCCCCACCUCCUCCACUGCCUCCCCCUGGCAUUCGACCCUCAUCUCCUGUCUCAGUUGCCACCCUCUCUCAUCCUCCCACAACCAUUGUUCCUGGCCCUCAUGCUCCACUAAUGCCUCCAUCUCCACCAUCCCAAGUGAUUCCUGCUCCUGAACCCAAACGCCACCCAUCAACUCUACCUGUAAUCAGCGAUGCCAGAAGUGUUCUACUGGAAGCAAUACGAAAAGGUAUUCAGCUACGCAAAGUCGAAGAGCAGCGUGAACAAGAAGCUAAACAUGAGCGCAUUGAGAAUGAUGUUGCCACUAUAUUGUCUCGCCGCAUUGCUGUGGAAUACAGUGAUUCAGAAGAUGAUUCAGAGUUUGAUGAAGUGGAUUGGUUGGAGUGAAAUAGAUACAUUGAUAUACACUGAAUGCUAAUGUCCAUUGUGGUGAUUGUUCUUUGAAAACAUUUGAUGGUCAUUUCUAGUGGGUUUUGUAUUUUUUUUCUUUACACUACACAUCAUUAAUCCAUGUUUUUCUACUUUUCCGUUUUCUUGUAGACUACUAGCACAUCUUUGAAACUAAAUGUUUUACAGUGGCUUUUCUUUUCUUUUUUUGAAAGAACAUAUUUUGUUCCAGUAGACCACUAAGUAUUAAGCAUGGGCAGCUGUUGGUAGAGUAGCAGUUUCAAUAUUUUGGCAUAUCUUAACUGUGCACUUUGUGAAUUUUAAGUUAAUGAAGGUAACUGAGAUUGAAAUUCCGAGGGCAGCUGUAUGUACUAAUGAGCCUUAUUCCAUUUUUGAUAAAUGUUUUUAAAAACCUAGCUAUCAAAAUAUACAUCUGUACACUAAGAAGGUACAUAUAGUUAGCAGCACUGAACACAAUGAAAGGAAAAAAGGAUCUUUGGGGGCUUUUAUUGUUGUUUUUUAAAUAAUUAUGGCCUUAUUUGAAUGUUUAGAGGUUUCCCCCUCCCUCCCAGGUACAUAUCGUGUGGUACUAUUUUGCCUGCAUACAAAAGUUUAAAUUUUUUUCUGUGUGAAAUCUUCUGACUUAAACAUGCUGUGUAACUUAUGUAACUGUUAAAAAUAACAGUUUGGUUUAAUAAAUGGUAAAUGUUC